AUGAAGUUUGGCAGGAACCUUCCGCGCAACCAGGUCCCUGAGUGGGCGGCCUCGUACAUCAACUACAAGGGCCUCAAGAAACUCGUCAAAGCCCUGGCCCAGAAAGCAAGCAAUGGGGAAACGGUAGAUCCAGCAGAACUCUUCUUCGCCCUCGACCGUAAUCUCGAAGAUGUCGACUCUUUCUACAACAAGAAAUUUGCCGAGGCAUGCCGGCGGUUGAACAUACUCCACAAUCGCUAUGGCCGCGUUCCCGACGUCGUUGCCACUCUCGAUCAGGAUGAGGUUGAGGAGGUUAUGGGCGCCUUGCUCGAAUUACGAACACAGCUGAGAAAUCUGCAAUGGUUUGGUGAGAUCAACCGCAGGGGUUUUGUCAAGAUUACCAAGAAACUUGAUAAGAGAGUCCCGCAGAUUUCCUAUCAACAUCGUUACAUCUCUACCAAGGUUGACCCGAAGCAGUUUGCCAAAGACGGGAACAUUGGCAGAUUGCUUGCUGAGAUCAAUCGCUGGUUAUCUGUCCUUAGCGAUGCCCGCCAAAUUGACGAUUCCAAGUCUGACCGCUCUACUCGCUCACUCGGUCGUGCUUCCGCCAAGGCAAUGUCCAACUUGCCACAGGACCAGCUGGACAUUCUGGAUCAUGCUGUUCGCAGUGAUGACGUCUCAUCACUGAAAUGUGGACUCGCAGACGCCAAUAUCGGCCAGGACUCCUCUGCUCAAACGUUGCUGCUCAAUCUGCUUCAGCGAUCCAUCUCUGCCCGUUCUAGGCAGUGCAUCACUUACCUUCUCACCCAAGCAAAGGAUUUGGACGAGCCAGACGACAUCAAUGGCCGAAACUGCAUCCAUCGACUAGUCAUUCACAUUGGUCGUACAAAGUCUUCGGCACAAGAUGAUCGGCACCUGCAGCCGGCGGUGUCUUCUGCCGUUCCUGUCAAGGCCAUCAACACCAGGGAAUCCAAUCUCCUUUCAGCAAAUGACGAAGCGGUACAACUACUUAUUUUCCUUCUAGAUCAACUUGGCCAAAGCCAGCGUUUGGCUUUGAUGGGUCGCGACUCCCUUGGGCGUCUUCCUUUGCAUUAUGCUGCCCAGUUUGGAUUUGUUGUUGUCUGCCAAAUCAUUAUGAAAUACAUGCAGGACUGGAACCAGUUUGACGCCAAGGACGGCAUUGAUGCUCCCGAAUGGCAUGACAGUGAUGGCUUUGCACCACUUCACCUGAGUGUUAUUGGGGGCCAUCCAUUGACUACGAAGGCACUGCUUCAAGGGGAGAAUUGGCAGGGAAGCAGCGAAGCCAAGGUUCAGAUUCGAAAGACCAUACCAAAAUCCGGUGCCUCCCUGGCCUUGGCCACAAAGUCCAACUACGAGCCAAUUGUUCAAAUGCUUGUUGACGCAGGUGUAGACAUCAAUUGGACGGAUAAGACGGGCGAGACUGCCUUGCACAUUGCGGCUAGAUUCAGCCACGAAGCCUGUGCCCGCAUUAUUCUCCGUGGAAGCAACUCGCAAAAAGCCGACAUCGAGGUUGCCGAAAACUCUUACUCCUGGACGCCUCUCCAUGUGGCGGCCGUCGAUGGGUCACUCUGUGUUGUACAGCUUCUCGUUGACGCUGGCGCCGACGUUUCCCGGCCCGACGCGUCGGGUUGGACGGCCAAGGAACACGCUGCGCUCCGUGGACACAUGGAUAUCGCUCGUUUUCUAGCUGCUCACACGAACGAGGAGGAGGCUGUUGCGAGAGUCGCACAGGGUAUGCAGCAGUCGAACCCGCCAGAGAACUCGUCCAUCGAUGGAAGGCGCUCCAAUGUGCCAAACAGCAAUACGCCGCGCCCCGCCGAGCCUGUCAAGACUUUUGGACAUCGCUACCUCACCGAUGAGAGCUUGGUGCUCGUGAGUCUAGGAACAAUGGACAUUCGAAAAGCUACAGAAGCUAUUCACCUUGACAGUGUUCCUCUCGCCGAGGCUCACAGCACUCAGUUGGACACGGCACUUUCCGUAGUUGUGAGUGCCAAUGGUGCUCACGGCGACCCAACCACCAUCGAUCUUCCAGUUCACGAGGGUAUCUCAACGGAACCAAUUGUUUUCAAGACAGUUGACACAACCAAGGUCACACUGUUGUUUGACAUUAUCCCAACCUAUUCGGGAAGCGAGAAGAACAAGAUUGGCCGUGCCGUUGCCAUGCUCUCAUCAGUAAAGCCGACCAUUGGUUCUCGGCGCAUGAAUCUACAAGGAGACGUGUGCGUGCCUAUCGUGUCCAGCAACCUGGAAGUCAUUGGCACUGUCAAUUUCAACUUCCUCGUCAUUACGCCCUUCUCCCAUCCCAAUAUUGAGAUUACAUCGCGACAGACGUACUGGAGAAAGCUCUCAUCGACCAUGCUGAUUGGCCAUCGAGGCCUGGGCAAGAAUCUCACUUCCAACAAGUCACUGCAGCUUGGAGAGAACACUCUGCCAUCAUUCAUCGCCGCUGCCAAUCUUGGCGCCCAAUACGUUGAAUUCGACGUGCAGUUGACCAAAGAUCACGUGCCUGUCAUUUAUCACGACUUUCUUGUCAGCGAGACGGGCAUCGAUGCUCCAGUACACACCCUCACGUUGGAACAGUUUCUCCACAUCAACCCCGACCGGGCCAGGGAUCGGGCACAUAAGAAUGGAGCCAACAGAGACAGCCUUGAUGAUCUUACCGUCCGACCCCGGAGCAGCAGCUUCGCGCCGCCCAAACGCUCCUUGUCCAUGGGGUAUGCUGGGACCGGAAAUGAACAGAUGGAGGAACGCAUGAAACAUACUAGGGAUUUUAAGGCGAAGGGAUACAAGGCCAACUCUCGAGGAAACUUUAUUCAAGCCCCCUUUGCCACCUUGGAAGACUUGUUCCGCCAAUUGCCAGAGGAGAUUGGAUUCAAUAUGGAGCUCAAGUAUCCCAUGCUUCACGAGAGCGAGGCGCACGAAAUGGACACGUACGCGGUCGAGCUCAACUCAUUCUGUGAUACAGUCUUGUCCAAGGUGUAUGAUUUGGUGGGAAACCGGCACAUCAUCUUCAGCUCCUUCAACCCGGACAUCUGUCUGUGCCUCAGCUUCAAGCAGCCUUCUAUACCUAUUCUGUUCCUGACGGACGCGGGUUGUAGCCCUGUGGGCGAUAUUCGCGCGUCAUCUCUGCAGGAGGCCAUUCGAUUCGCCAGCCGGUGGAAUCUGCUGGGCAUCGUGUCUGCCGCGGAGCCGUUGAUCAACAGCCCCCGUUUGGUCAGGGUGGUCAAGGAAAUUGGCUUAGUUUGCGUCAGUUACGGCGUUUUGAAUAACGAUCCCCUCAUGGUUCAGAGACAAGUAAAGGAAGGCAUAGACGCCGUCAUCGUCGACAGCGUCCUAGCCAUCCGAAAGGGUCUUACGAGCGGGGAAUCGACUGGCGACGGAUCCGAUGGCUCACCCACAUCGGAGGACACAUUGAAACUUGGCAUGGAAGCAAAUUAA